AAAUUGAGAUAAUCCUUCCUUAUUUUGGUCCCAAUUGUCAUGAGAUAUACAGGGAAGAGAGAAAUAAUAUCUAUUUCUCUUGCGACAAUAUUUUUCUUCAACGUUUCCGCUUCCAUAUUCUUAAGGAAUUAAGGUGUUAAACAAUUAAAUCAACAAUUUAGCCUAAUGAUCAACAUAUAUGAUAAUCCUGAUUACAAUUUAGUUUGGACAACAAUUAAAUACAUUGGUGUGAUAUCAAAACAAUUUAAUCUUCAAAAUUUUAAAGACAAAAACAAAUUAAUGUUAAUCAAUUAAUCAAACAUUAAUUUUCAAAUGAUUUUAAUGAUAAUCAAAUCCAAUUAUCAUUUAGACAAAACAAUUAUUAGAAUAACAAUAAUAAUAAUAAUAAUAAUAAAAGCAUCACAACGCCAACGAAUUUGUAAAAGUUCUCAAAUUUUAACAAUUAAUUCUAAUAAUUAAAUUAAGAGAAAAAAAAUUUUCGAGAAAAAGAAAAUUUAAUUUUAGUUCUUUUUCCGCUCAACAGAUGUCGCUCCUUGCAGGGAGUGAUUUUGUUCCCAAAUUGUGAUAACAAUGAAUGGAAAGAUGAGGAAAACAAGAGAGCCAGUGAGUGAGAGUGAGAGAGAUGAUGAUGAGGAUAGAAAAUGAUUCAAAUGAUGAGGAAGAGAAGUGAAGUAAACAUGAGGAAACAUUUGAUUUUAUUUAAGUGGAUCUCAUAUCAACUUGAGACAUUGUCAAGUAAACUUAACUUGUAACCAUCAAGACUAAUCGUCAUCAAAUGAUAAUCUGAUCAUCAAGUGAUAUUGUAAACAAUUAAAAUUCAUUUUCUAAUCAAUUGUACAUUUAAUUAUCGAAAAAAAAAGUUAUCGUAGUAAUCAAAUCCUCAUCAUCAUGUGUAUCUCACGUCAAUGUAAAUAUUGUUGUUGUGUCUCAUCAACUAAUUGGAUUAAUAAUAACAAUCAUCAUCAUCAUAAUCACCGUAAUCGUAAAUCAAAUCAUAAAUUUAACAAACACAACAAUGGAUUUAAUAAAUUUGUUAAUCAUAAAUCAUCACAAUCUUCAUCUUCAUCAUCGUUAUCAUUAUGGUUAACAUCAUUAACCAAACAUAUUCAAUUUAGUGUUGGUGAAAUUUUAAUCAAAAUUAAAUCUUCAUUAAAAUUAACUGGAUCAACUAUUGAUGAUAAUAAUCAACGAAAACAACAUUAUUGUAACAGUUUAACCAAAAUUUAUCUCAUCAUCAUUUUAAUCACUUUCAGUGUUUAUGCUAAUUCAAUUCCUGGUGAUUUCGUUCAUGAUGAUAUUGAGGCGAUUGUCCGAAACCCGGAUGUAAUUGGAACCAACAAUUGGUCAGCAAUUUGGUUAAAUGAUUUCUGGGGUCGCCCAAUGUCCGAUCCCUUGAGCCAUAAAUCAUAUCGACCCUUGACCAUCCUAACAUUCAGAUUGAACAUGAUGCUCAAAAAAGCAAAUGGACUUUCGAGUAUUUCUUGGCAUUUUCGACUGGUCAAUGUAAUUCUUCACGUGAUGACCACAACACUGAUCAUGUAUAUUUCACAUUCAAUACUAAAUUGUACCAAUCAAAUGUCACUUUUAAUUUCACUUCACUUUGCCCUUCACCCGAUUCACACUGAAGCUGUUUCAAGUAACGUUGGAAGAGCUGAUAUCCUGUGUUGUAUAUUUUCAUUGAUAACGUUAAUCAUUUUCACCAGAGCUGUGAAGUUUAUGCUGGAAGAUAAAAGUAAUCAAAGGAUGAUAGUCUAUCUCUUUUGGUCUUGCUUAUCAUCCACUUUGGCAUUACUUUCAAAAGAAACUGGAAUCAUGAUUCUACCGAUUUGUACUCUCUAUUAUAUCUUCAAAUUGUCCCAAUCAGGGUCACUGAUCAUAACUCGGAAAGGAAUCAACUUGUCCUAUUGUAAUCAACCUGAUGGAAAUUUAUCUUCAUCAAUUUAUUACACUGAAAGUAAAUCAAAUUAUUCAUCUUCCUCAUCAUCAUCGCGAUCAUCAUCUCCAACACCAUCAACAUCAUCCUCAUCAUCAUCAACCUCCUCCACAUCAUCAUCAUCAUCAUCUUUCAAUCCCUGGUUAUAUGGACCAAUAUUAAUACCUACGAUCAUGACUUUAGCCUUACUUUGGUUUCGAAUCUCAAUGUUACAUGGAACUCUACCAAUUUUUUCUCGGCAAGAUAAUCCCGCUUCUUUUUCAAAUUCCAUGUUAACAAGAUUCUUGACUUAUUCUUACCUUUGUGCUUUCAACUUUCGUCUACUUUUGUGUCCAUCACGUUUAUCUUAUGAUUGGCAAUUGGGAAGUAUACCUUUGGUCAACGAUCUAAUUGACGGGCGAAACUUGGAGACACUGGUCACUUUCAUCUCCACCAUUGGAAUCAUUAUUAUAAGCGGAAAAUUUAUUCUAACCCAAUCUUGUUCUUGGUUUAGACCAAAGGUUAACCCGGAAGUAAAAUCAAUUCUUAUUUUUGAUAAAACAUUUUCACAAAAUACUAGAAAAUCAUAUAUGAAAAAUUCAUCCUCAUCAACCACAUGUAAUUGCAUGGUGAUGGAGUUUACAUCAAGCCCAACACCGAGUCCACCACCAACACCAUCACCACCUUCACUGACCAAUGUAAAUAGCAAUCAAUUAAUACAAACCAAUAGAUCUGAUCAUCAUGAAGUUAUUUUCAUGGGCUUAUGCUUCAUGAUAUUACCUUAUCUUCCCGCCUCGAACCUUUUGGUGACCGUUGGUUUUGUUGUCGCUGAACGUAUAUUAUAUUUACCAAGUGUCGGAUUUAGCUUGCUAAUCAUAGCGGGAUAUGAUCUGAUUAAACAACAGAUUCAAACUAGAUCAAGAUUUAAUCAGGUUAAUCUAUCAAAGUGGCUUACAAUUGCUUUCCAUAGUGUCCUAAUUGCUUUCAUGGUGAAAACAAUUUCUCAAAAUUGUCUAUGGCAAAAUCGAGCCUCACUUUUCACAGCUGGACUAUUGGCUGCCCCUGAGAAUGCAAAAAUGCAUUACAAUUAUGCAAACUUACAGAAAGACAUAGGAAACAACGAGGCUGCAGUUUAUCAUUAUCGUGAAGCAUUAAGACUAUGGCCAACCCAUGAGAGCUCUUGGAACAAUUUAGCUACCCUGUUACCUGAUCCGGAAGAAGCUGAAUAUCACUUAAUCCAAGCUCUUAAAAUUAAUCCAUACCAUCCAAAAGCUCAUUUUAAUCUCGCAUGUAUAUACAGUAAAAAAGGUUUAACCAGUCAGGCGAUUAAUUUACUUCAACGAAGCAUUGAAUUGGAUUCCAAUUUUCCUGAACCUUAUUCAUCGUUGGCAACAAUUUACGCUGAGAAGGGUUUACAUGGGUACGCUCAAUCGUUACAUGAAAAAUCACUCAAACUUUUAUCCUUAGCGAAUCAAUUUGAAUAUUAAUAAAUAAAAAAAAAUAUUAACAGAGAAAAAAGUAAAAUAAAAUAAAAACUUUACCUCUUUUCAUAUUGAGAA